AUGCUGUCUCGGGGCACGUGCUACACAGCAUACUUAGUUUUCGCUCACAAAUCGGGGGCUUAUGGAUUCGACCACCCGGCCGAGGCAUUUGUGGAAUUAAACGGCCAUGCUAGUGAAAAGCACAGAGUUUUUCUCGAUCGGGAUGAAUCUCAUGAACCGAGAAGGCACAUUGUGCUCAGGACCUUGGGUUCGUUUUACAAUCGGCUGCCUCGUCUAGUGAGACAACAACAGACAGUGGAGGAUGAUUCAGAGGUUGAGUCCAAUGCUAAAUACCCGAAACAAAGAAGUGAUGGAUGGAUUGAGGUUGAAUUGGGAGAGUAUUUUGUCGAGGGAAGAGAAGAUGGUGAUUUGGAGUUCGGCGUGAUGGAAGUGAAUGAUGGUAACUGGAAAAGUGGUUUGAUUGUUCAGGGGAUUGAGCUCAGGCCAAAGGCUGUGAGCAGUUAA